AUGGCUCCUGAAGCAAGUUUUUAUGGUCUGUCCAUUAUUCUUCUUAUUCAUUGUAUUGAUGCACGUCUUGCUCCAUUACAACAUAUGGCUGAUAAGCCACUUACAAUUGAUGCUAUAUCAGCUAAUUAUAUUCCAAUAAUUUCAUCAGAAAAUCAAAUAAAUAAACGUCAAACAACAGGACCAAAACCUAAUACAACAGUGUGUUAUCCACUUGUUGGUUGUUUUGAUAAUAAUGAUCCAUUUAAUAAUGCUGGUUUAGAAGUUCCACAAGCACCAGAAUUUAUUGAAACUACUUUUCUUCUUUUUACACAAGAAUCACCAACUAAUCCUGAGUUUCUUUUAUAUAAUGAUGAUGAUUCAAUUCGAAAAGUCGAUGUAAAUCCUUCUCGAUGGUUAAGAAUUAUUAUACAUGGUUUCUCAAAUAAUCAUGACAGUGUCUGGAUGAAUAAAAUGAAGAAUGAAUUACUUAAAUUAAGAAAUGAUGAAUUAUCUGAUGUCCUUAUUGUUGGUUGGGGUAAUGGUGCAAAAUUUCCUUUUUAUCCAAAUGCUGUUGCGAAUACUCGUCUUGUUGGUAAACAAAUUGGUAUUCUUUUAGAACGACUCCAAGAAUUAAAAGGAAUUUCAUUCAAUAAAGUUCAUUGCAUUGGACAUAGUCUUGGUGCACAUACAUGUGGUUCCGCAUCAAAUGCAGUUAAUAGUCAAUUCGCUCGUAUAUCAGGUCUUGAUCCAGCUGGUCCAUCAUUUACUGGAAAAAAAAUUUCAGUUCGUCUUGAUCAAAGCGAUGCACAAUUUGUUGAUAUUAUUCAUUCAAAUACAGAAAUUGCAUUGGGUCUUGGUCUUGGAUCAGCAGAAGAAUCAGGACAUGUUGAUUUUUAUGCUAAUGGUGGUCAAUCUCAACCUGGUUGCCCUUCAGUUGCUGCACUUAUUGGAGGUGUCAUCGGUGGUCAAAGUGAAGCUGCUUAUGAACAAGCAUCAUGUUCACAUAGUCGUGCUCAUGGAUAUUUUAUUGAAUCAAUUUAUACUGAAUGCCCAUAUACAGCUUUUCCAUGUCAUGAUUACGACAGUUUUAUGGAUGGUAAAUGUCGUGUUUGUCCAGCAUCUGGUUGUGCUCAAAUGGGUUUCUAUUCCGUAUAUUCCCUUGGCCGUGGUAAAAUGUAUUUAACAACAAAAAGCAAUUCACCAUUCUGUGGUUAUCAUUAUUUUGUUGAACUUGUACUCGAUCGUGAUAUGGCUAAAACAGCUGGUGAAGUUUAUGUAGCUAUUUAUUCCGACUAUGAAUUAUUAGCUAAUGUCAGUGUGACUGCAAAAAACAAUGAUGAUAUAAAAGCAGGUGAUAUCCUUCGACAUGUAUUUAGUUAUCAAGCUGAUUUGGGUAAACUUGAUUAUGCUAUAGUAUAUUUUCAUAAAGUAAAAACUCUAUUUGGAUGGGGUGGUCAAAAAGGAGAUGAAAUUAUUAUUUCACGUCUUCGUAUUAGAUCACUUGAAGAUACUCUUGUGUACAGUGGACGUUGUGACACAAGUACAUCAGUAGCAGCAUAUACUUCACAAACAUUGUUACUCAAUCGUUUUGAUUGUCACGAUUAA